AUGAGUCUAAAGAACAAGUUUUUGUUAAUUUAUAAUGUUGUUUGUUGUGCACUAUGGAUAAUCAUUUUCUUUGUUACGUUACAGUAUGUUUUUAAUAAAGAAAAAUAUAGUAUAAAGACAUUUUGGCCCACAUAUAAAAAUUUAAUAACAAUAACACAGUCACUAGCAAUUUUUGAAAUUUUAUUUACAAUAACUGGCCUCAUAAAAUCAGUUGUAAGCUUAGUAACUACUCAAGUAUGUAGUCGUCUGUUUGUCGUUUAUUUAAUUUUUAAUUAUUUGCCAGGCAAUAAUAAAUGGAAAUUCCCAUGCUUAAUUGCAUGGGCCAUUAUAGACGCAAUUCGUUAUUUAUUUUAUUCCCUUAACUUACUAAACGUGCAUCCUCAUAUUUUAAUAUCACUGCGAAAUAAACUACCCCUAAUAUUGUACCCCAUAGGAAUAACUUCAGAAAUUGUCUGCACCAUAUCGAGUCUAAAAAACAUUCAUUCAACUCCUUAUUUAAGAUCUUUCCCAUAUUCUAUGCCGAAUAAUUUAAAUUUUCAAAUUGAUAUAUAUUAUUUUUGUAUUUUUGUUUUAAUCCUUUACAUUCCUGGAAGUGUUCUGCUUUACAUAGCAGCUAUGAAGAAAAGCAAAAAACAUAUAAAAAGUACGGAAAAAAAGUUGGACUGA